GCCAACUGGGGGUCAGAGACUGCAAAGCGUUCAACAGCAGUUCAAACCGCCGUGCGUUUGCAUUUGCCAUAGCCACGAGAUGUCAAACACUGCUGGCUCAAUGGCAGUCACCAAUUUGGAGGAGGCCGAAACUUCAGACCUUAGUUUGCGGUCGAAUGACACACUUGGUGACCGCCACAUUUGGUCGCGACUUUGGUUUCCCCACUUUGCCUCCUGUCCUGGACAUUCCAAGGCUUGUUUGCGAGUACUUAGCAUUCAUCGCGCCAAGUCUUCUCACAUAUUCUCAGGAGAUGUGGACACGUAGCUGCGCAAAUAGCUUCUUCUUCACCUAUCCUCCACUAGCAGUUGUACACAACAGUUUUGGCAAUGCUGGUAUUUCUACAUGUACACGUGUACAAUAUUGUACACUAGUGCCGUUUCCGCUGAAUGUAGGGAACAGAAAGUUCAGGUAGUGAAUCUGCUUGGUGAGAAUGCGGAGGCCACUGUAAACGCAUACUUCAAAACGUCUCAUGGCCGCCACAAAAAUUUGGAGGCCAGAUCAGGAGAAGAGAGCAGUUGAGUUGGACGUUGCUACUAACUAGGAUCCAAUAGGUCACUACCUGUGAUUACCGGCUCACACAUGUUCAAAAGGCACCGGCCACUGGUGGCACCAUUUUCAGGUCAGCGUGGUCGGGAGGACUGCCUUCAUGGUUGCUGCUGAGCGAGCCCUCGAAGCUGAGCGUAAGGACGCCUUGUUUGAAGACCCCUUUGCCAAAGCUCUUUCCGGGUCAGACGGUUUGACCAUGUCUGAUCGAUUGGGAGAAGCUGCCAGCCAGUUUGGCUUUGAUGGCUGGCCGGAGUUUCACAAGGUGUGGACGGUGGUUCGCACGAAGUUUAUAGAUGAUCUUAUCAGCAGAGAUACCGCAGAGAUACCGCAGAUGGUGAAUCUCGGAGCUGGUGUGGAUACUCGCCCUUAUCGACUUGAUGCCUACAAGCAGUUCAAGGCCUCCUACGAAGUGGAUACAGCUGAAGUGAAUGCUGUCAAAACAGCUUUCUUUUCGCACAACAGGGCCACUUCCCUAUGUCCAGUUGUCAACGUAUCUGCUGACUUUUGCCAAGCAGGCAUGUUAUCAGAGAAGCUCACUGAAGCAGGCUUUGAUAGCCAGGCCUCUGCCGUGUUCCUCAUUGAGGGUGUCUUGGACUUCUUGGAGGAACAAGCUGAGCCCUUCCUCACCGAGGUCUUGGGCCCCCUGGCAGCUCCAGGCUCACUGGCGAUCAUCAACUAUGCCAUCGGGCCUCAGAGGCCAGGCACCUUCACAUCCACAAAGCUGAAACAGCUGCUGGAGGGUCUUGGGUGGCAGAAUCUUCAGAUCAGUGUCUUUGGUGACGAACGCCUGAACUACGGACGCUACAAGGAGGGCUUGGCCCCAAGUGAAGAUUGGGCAUUUGCAACAUGCGUGAAGGGAGCUGUGGGUCCAACCCCAGAGGCCCAGGAGCAAUGAAGGGUGCUUGGCAUGCAUCGGUUUCCUUUAAGGAAGCUACAAGGAAAGCUGCAAUGCGCGCCGGCGUGUGUACUGUGCCUGAUUUGUGAUGUAGAAGGCCCAUCAGAAGCUAGAACUUGAAUGGGUCAUCUCCAUUGCAUAGAGAGGGGUUUGCCCUCCGUUGAACUUGGAUUUGCUCGCAAAAGUUCAACUUGGAGUGCUUGCACCUUGAUUGUACAGGGAUGUACAGUUAGACCAUGCCUUGCGCAA